GACACCGCCUGUUUUUUGCACGUGUCAAUCAGGCCUCGCAGCCUUGUGUUUGGGGAGCGGGUGGGCGUGAAACGGGAGCGGAGGACACAAGAACACCAUUCAUUCAGCUAAGCGCGGCUUUCUUUGCUCGUUUGCAGCGGGCGACGAUGCCAAUCUCCUCAGAGAGGGGGAACCACAACUCCCGGGAGCACUUUCCCCUAUGCAGGAGCGCCGGCCAGCCCAGUGGAGAGGGGAAGGGGUUUUUUGAGUCUUGGGACCAAAGGUCCAGCCCAUCCAGCACGGGAACCCGCCUCUUUCCAAGGCUCGACGGCUCGGCGGGGCAGAAUUUGACUGUCUUUUUCAUGCCAGGAAAAGACAUAGGAAAAGAUGUCCUACUUACUUAAAGGAGUUCAGGCUUGCUGGUUUUUUAAGCAAAUGCAUGGAAUCGUAAGACCGUUAAUUAAAGCACAUCUACUGGAAAAAGUUUUCAGUGUCCAAAAACUGAAAACUACUCAACAGUUUUCUCAAGACAGUUCAAGGAACAUGGACUGUUUUAGUUAUAUAAUUGUUGGAGCUGGAUCUGCUGGGUGCGUGUUAGCCAACCGACUGACUGAAGAUCCUGACAGCACUGUUAAGCUUCUGGAAGCCGGGCCAAAAGAUACACUCUUUAACAGCAAACGAUUAAUGUGGAAGAUUCACAUGCCUGCUGCAUUAACCUACAAUCUCUGUGAUGAGAAAUAUAACUGGUAUUACCAUACAACACCACAAAAGCACAUGGAUAAUCGAAUUAUGUACUGGCCCAGAGGAAGGGUCUGGGGUGGCUCUUCAUCCCUUAAUGCCAUGGUAUAUAUUCGGGGCCAUGCAGAAGAUUAUAACAGGUGGAGUAAGGAAGGGGCUGUUGAAUGGGAUUACGAAUUUUGUUUACCUUAUUUUAAGAAAGCACAAACUCAUGAGCUGGGUGCUGAUCUUUAUCGAGGUGGGAAUGGCCCACUUCAUGUGUCAAGGGGAAAAACUAACAACCCUCUUCACCAUGCAUUCCUGGAUGCAGCCCAACAAGCUGGAUAUCCUUUCACAGAUGAUAUGAAUGGUUUUCAACAAGAAGGCUUUGGUUGGAUGGAUAUGACCAUACACCAAGGUCAGAGAUGGAGCACAGCCAGUGCUUACCUUCGUCCUGCAUUAUCGCGCCCAAACUUAUCAGCAGAGGAAGAUACACUUGUAAAAAAAAUAUUAUUUAAAGGGACAAAAGCUGUUGGCAUCGAAUAUGUUAAAGAUGGAGGAAAGAAAACGAUUUUUGCCAAUAAGGAAGUUAUUUUAAGUGCAGGUGCUAUAAAUUCCCCACAGCUGCUUAUGCUGUCUGGAGUUGGCAAUGCAGAUGAUCUCAAAAAAUUAGGAAUCCCUGUUGUCUGUCAUCUUGCAGGAGUUGGCCAGAAUCUUCAAGACCAUUUGGAAGUGUACAUACAACAGAAGUGCACUCAGCCUCUAACUCUGUAUAAAUCACAGAAGCCUCUUAAUAUGAUAAAGAUUGGUCUUGAAUGGCUGUGGAAAUUUACUGGUGAUGGUGCCACGGCUCACUUAGAAACUGGUGGAUUUAUCAGAAGUCGAGCAGGAGUUUCUCAUCCAGAUAUUCAGUUUCACUUCCUUCCAUCUCAAGUGAUUGACCAUGGACGUACCGCCUCUCAGCUGGAAGCUUACCAGGUUCAUAUUGGCCCCAUGAGGAGUACAAGUGUGGGGUGGCUAAAGCUGAAAAGUACAGACCCAAGGGAACAUCCCAUCAUUGAACCCAACUAUUUGUCAACAGAAAUAGACAUCUGGGAAUUCCGUCAGUGUGUCAAAUUAGCUAGGGAAAUAUUUGCUCAAGAAGCCUUCGAAAAAUUCCGUGGGCCUGAAAUUCAACCAGGAAGCCAUGUGCAAUCUGAUGAAGAGAUAGAUGCUUUUAUAAGGCAAAAAGCGGAUAGUGCAUAUCAUCCUUCAUGCACUUGUAAAAUGGGACAGAGUUCUGAUGCUACAGCUGUGGUGGAUCCCCAAACCAAAGUUAUAGGAAUAGAAAACCUGAGAGUUGUUGAUGCCUCAAUAAUGCCAAGUAUUGCUAGUGGGAAUUUAAAUGCCCCAACCAUCAUGAUAGCAGAGAAAGCUGCUGAUAUAAUCAAAGGGUUACCGUCACUUCAAGAGAAAAAUGUUCCUGUAUAUAGACCCCAGGCUCUGGAAACUCAGCAGUAAAGUGCCUAUGGUUCUUUUUCCAGACAGAAUUUUGCUAGCUAUUAGAACUCUUACCCUGUACUUUGCGUUGAGAAUAAUAAUUUUGUUUUGUGCUUAUUGAUAUGUUAGCAAUAUGAAAUUCUUCCCUAAUAUUAAUUCCAAAAUACUUUUUCAGCUUCAGGCAAAGAGACAGCUGCAUUAUAAAUGCAGUUAAGAAUAGGGUCAGCUCAGCUGUAUCCUUUAGUAAGAGCAGGUAAAAUUGUUGCUUAAGAAGACUCAGGAUUCCAGUAAAACAUUGUGGCUAGGUAUCUAUUACUCAGUGUAGAACAAUAGGGAGCGAAUUUGCCUCCCUACUUUUGAACAUUCAGCUCUUGAACUAUCCCUCGUGUACUGAACUCUGCCUCUUUUUUUGACAUGAUUGUUUACUUAAAUGUAGUGAAUUUAAUACAGGCUAAGCAAAUACACAUAAAAGCGAUAAAAUCCCAUUACUAUAUUAAUAGUUUUUAUUGAUGUCAAUGAAUUACAUAUUCAGUAACUCAUUUAAUAUUUGCAUUUUGCUAAGAAUAUCAAAACAGAUGCAGAGGACAAAGUAAUUACUAUAAUGCUGUAAAUAUAUUCCAUAUUUACAGUAAACUAGGAAGAAAAUAAAAUGUUACUCAGAAACAUGAUUGGUGAUGGUGAAGCUUCUGUUUAGCAUAUUCUUAUGCUACAAUAAAAUUGGUUAGUUUUAAA